CUGUAAUAUUAAAAUAGUGCUGAAUUAUUUACUUUUGUUCAUAUAGCUACCCCCCACAAAGUACCAGGAAGUUCCAAAUGAAGGCAGCAGUUCUUACGCCGAGCGUCAUUGGGUCCUGCAAUGCCCUGAUAACUACAUUCCAAAGCAUAUUUGAAGAACAGCACAACCAUCCUCUCACUUCUCUCCCCUACAAGCCAUUUUUGAAGAUCAACAGGAACAUUAAUCUAGGCCAUAAGAAGUUCAUACUCAACUGUGCUAAAGCAAACAUUGGUACCAUGAAAUCAUACAGACUUUUCAAGGAGUCCGUUGGUGGGUAUUCAAGUGUUGGUGCUACUGCUGUGGACUUCAAAAACUUCAAACGUGAUUUGAAGGCCUAUAUUGCCGGUGGAGAUGCUCAAAUGGUCAUUGACAAAUUAUUCCGAAAAUCAGAAGUAUGCCCUGGAUUUCGGUUUGAUUAUGAAGUUGACGAGUACGACCAGCUUUCUAGGCUAUUUUGGUGUGAUGCUGCUUCCAGGAAAAGCUACUCCCUGUUUGGUGAUGUUGUCUCCUUUGAUGCCACAUAUCAAACCAACAG